AUGGCUGCUGUGGGCCCCACCGCGCUUGGCAACGCCAGCGGCGCCGACAGCUACAUUGCGUCGCAACAAACCGUUCAUCGCGACGAGACGCUUCCGCACACCGCUGCGCAAUCAGAGACCAACUCGGCCGAAGCGUCUUCGGACCAUCACGUCGAUGUUGGCUCGGCCGAGCGCCAGUUUAACGAGCUCUCGCGUCAACUCUCGUCCAAGUAUGCCAAAGACUCGGAUGUGGAAAAGCACCAACCGUUCGACCUGAGGAACUGGCUCUCCGGUACCUUGGAGCAGGCCGAUCAGAUGGGCAACAAACGCAAGAGCCUUGGUGUCUCGUGGUCCGAUCUGCGCGUCAUCGGUACGGCAAGUCGAGACUUUAAUGUACCUACGAUUCCGUCCAUGGCGCUGUUCGAGAUCAUUGGUCCUAUCUUUAGCAUUUUGAAGCUCUUCGGUAUCGACCCGGCAAAGAGCAAGACCAGAGACCUGCUCCAAGCGUUUGACGGCUGCGCCAAACCGGGCGAGAUGGUGCUCGUGAUUGGGCGUCCCAACUCGGGAUGCUCCACGUUUCUCAAGACGAUCGCUAAUAAGCGCAACGGCUUUAUCGAUACCAAGGGACAAGUGCUCUAUGGUGGCAUCGGUGCUGACGAGAUGGCCAAACGCUAUCUCGGCGAAGUCGUCUACUCGGAGGAAGACGAUCAGCACCAUGCUACGCUCACGGUUGCACGUACAAUCGACUUUGCGCUUCGCCUCAAGGCGCAUGCCAAGAUGCUCCCCGAUCACACCAAAAAAACGUACCGCAAGAUGAUCCGCGAUACCUUCCUCAAGAUGGUCAACAUCGAACACACAAAGCACACACUCGUUGGAAGUGCCACGGUUCGAGGUGUCUCGGGAGGCGAACGCAAGCGCGUUUCCAUCCUCGAGGGCCUCGCUUCCGGCGCCAGCGUGUUUUCCUGGGACAACUCGACGCGUGGCUUAGACGCUAGUACCGCGCUUGACUAUGUCAAGAGCAUGCGCGUUCUCACCGACCUAUUGGAAGCCACCAUGUUUGUCUCGCUCUACCAGGCUUCCGAGGGCAUUUGGGAGCAGUUUGACAAGGUGCUCGUCAUCGAUCAAGGUCGUUGCGUCUACUUUGGUCCCAGAACCGAGGCGAGGCAGUACUUUAUCGACCUCGGUUUCGCUGACCGUCCACGACAGACGUCGGCCGACUAUAUCACCGGUUGCACCGACAAGUACGAACGCAUCUUCCAAGACGGUCGCGACGAAUCCAACGUGCCCAGCACGCCCGAGGCGCUCGAGGCCGCCUACCGAGCAUCGCGCUUCUACACGCAGGCCAUCCAGGAACGUGAAGCAUUCAACCAGAUCGCCACUGCCGACGCAAAGGCUACGCACGACUUUAGACAGGCGGUUGUCGAUGCCAAACACCGCGGUGUGCGUACCAAGUCGCAGUACACGGUUUCGUACUUUGCCCAGGUGCAGGCUCUCUGGCUGCGUCAGAUGCAGAUGAUCCUCGGCGACAAGUUUGACAUUUUCAUGUCCUACGUUACCGCCAUCGUCGUGGCACUGCUGUCCGGAGGUAUCUUUUUCAACCUCCCCACCACCUCGGCCGGCGUGUUUACCCGAGGCGGUUGCUUGUUCAUCCUGCUGCUCUUCAACUCGCUCAGUGCGUUUGCCGAACUGCCAACGCAGAUGAUGGGUCGACCGAUCCUGGCUCGGCAGACCAGCUUUGCCUUCUACCGCCCUUCCGCCUUGACGCUGGCGCAGCUGCUGGCGGAUCUGCCGUUUGGCGUUCCGCGAGCUACGCUGUUUGUCAUUAUCCUCUACUUUAUGGCUGGGCUCGAUCGGAGCGCUUCGGCGUUUUUCACGGCGUGGUUCAUCGUGCUGAUCGCGUACUACGCUUUCCGUGCACUGUUCAGCUUCUUUGGUGCAAUUACGACCAACUUCUACUCGGCGGCGCGAUUGGCAGCUAUCGUCAUGUCCAUGCUUGUCCUCUGGGCGGGCUACGUGAUUCCGCAGGCGGCGAUGCGAAGAUGGCUCUUCUGGAUCUCGUAUAUCAAUCCCGUCUUUUACGCCUUUGAGGCUUUGAUGAUCAACGAGUUCAAGCGCAUUACGUUUACCUGCGAAGGUGCACAGAUCAUCCCUUCCGGCCCUGGCUACCCAACCCAACUGACGGCCAACCAGAUUUGCACGCUCGCCGGUGCUACGCCUGGAUCCGAUCAGAUCGCCGGCAUCGCCUACCUGACGGCGAGCUUCGGCUACCAGGAGAGCCACCUGUGGCGCAACGUGGGCAUCCUGAUCGCGUUUCUGGUCGGCUUUGUCGCCAUCACUGCUCUGGUGGUGGAAAAGAUGGAUCAGGGCGCGUUUGCUUCUGCGUUAGUAGUCAAGAAACCUCCGAGCAAGCAGGAGAAGGAGCUCAACCAGAAGCUCCAAGAUCGACGUUCCGGUGCCACCGAGAAGACCGAGGCCAAGCUCGAAGUGUACGGCCAGGCGUUUACGUGGUCCAAUCUCGAGUACACGGUGCCGGUACAGGGCGGGCAGCGCAAGUUACUCGACAAGGUGUUCGGGUACGUCAAGCCCGGUCAGAUGACGGCGUUGAUGGGAUCGAGUGGUGCAGGCAAGACGACAUUGCUCGACGUUUUGGCGGAUCGAAAAACGACCGGUGUGAUCGGCGGCGAGCGGCUGAUCGAGGGCAAACCGAUCAAUGUGUCGUUCCAGCGUCAGUGUGGUUAUGCCGAGCAGCAGGAUAUUCACGAACCCAUGUGCAGCGUCCGCGAGGCGCUACGUUUCUCGGCAUACCUGCGACAGAGCCACGACAUUGCGCAAGCCGACAAGGACCAGUACGUUGAGGACAUUAUCGAGCUCCUCGAAAUGCACGACAUCGCCGACGCCAUCAUUGGCUAUCCUGGAUUUGGACUCGGCGUUGGUGACCGCAAGCGUGUGACGAUUGGUGUCGAGUUGGCGGCGAAACCUUCGAUGCUGCUCUUUCUGGACGAACCCACGUCGGGCCUCGACGGACAGUCGGCGUUCACCAUCUGUCGACUCCUGCGCAAGCUCGCCGAUAACGGCCAGACCAUCCUGUGCACCAUCCACCAACCUUCGGCGCUGCUGUUCGAGACGUUUGACCGACUGCUCCUGCUCGAGCGAGGUGGCAAGACCGUCUACUCGGGACCCAUCGGCAAGGACGGCAGGCAUGUGAUCGAAUACUUUGCGGCGCGCGGAGCGCAGUGCCCGCCCGGUGUGAAUCCGGCCGAGUACAUGCUCGACGCGAUCGGAGCCGGUAGCCAGCCUCGUGUGGGCGAGCGUGACUGGGCCGACUGGUACCUGGAGUCGGACUACCAUCAGGACAACCUGCGCAUGAUCGAACAAAUCAAUCGCGACGGAGCGGCAAAGCCCAAGAGCGAGGAGCGCCAGAGCGAGUAUGCGGCGCCGUGGCUGUACCAGUUCAAGGUGGUGCUGCGCCGCACCAUGCUGAGCACGUGGCGUCAACCUUCGUACCAGUACACGCGCUUCUUCCAGCAUCUCGCGUUCGCAUUGCUUACCGGGCUGCUGUUCCUGCAACUGGGCAACAACGUGGCAGCGCUACAGUACCGUCUGUUUGUCAUCUUUAUGCUGGCCAUCAUUCCGGCGAUCAUCAUGGCACAGAUCAUGCCGUUCUGGAUCAUGUCGAGGUCCAUCUGGAUUCGUGAAGAGACGUCCAAGACGUUUGCCGGCACCGUGUUUGCUGCAACGCAGCUCAUCUCCGAGGUGCCGUACGCGCUGGUGUGCGGUACGGUGUUUUUCGUGCUCAUCUACUAUCUGACGGGCUUCAACACGGACUCGAACCGAGCGGCCUACUUUUGGGUCAUGACGUUCCUGCUCGAGAUGUUUGCGAUUUCGAUCGGAACGAUGAUUGCGUCGUUUUCCAAGUCGGCCUACUUUGCGUCGCUAUUCGUGCCGUUUUUGACAAUCGUACUCAACCUGACGUGUGGUAUUCUUUCGCCACCGCAGAGCAUGUCCAGUUCGUUGUACAGCAAGUUUUUGUACAACGUCAACCCGAUUCGGUUUACCAUUUCGCCGCUGAUCGCCAACGAGCUGUACGGCCUCGACGUGCACUGUGCCGCCAACGAGUAUUCGCACUUCAACCCGCCUGCCAACCAGACAUGCCAGCAGUGGGCCGGCAUGUACAUUGCUCGAAUCGGCGGCUACCUCGCCAACCCGCAAGCCACCUCGGACUGCAUGUACUGCACCUACCUCAACGGCCAACAGUUCUACACGCCGUUCGGUAUCAGCUUCUCCGAACGCGCCCGCGACGCCGGCAUCCUGAUCGGCUUUAUUGCCUUUAACUGCAUCGCCACGAUCGUCUUUACCAAGCUGUUUCGCUUUAGCAACCGUUAA